AUGAUUUUAUUCUUUUCAUUAGCAAUCGCUGUUAAUCGUACACUGCCGGUCGAAUGUGAAUUACCACGUUUACCAGGUCCAUGUCGGGGAAUGUUCCCAUCGUUUUAUUUUGAUGUAUCAACUAAGCAAUGCAAAGAAUUCACUUAUGGUGGCUGCCGAGGAAAUGCUAAUCGUUUUGAAACUGAAGAGAAAUGUCGUGUCGUCUGCGGGGAGAAAUAUGGCACGGAGGAAGAUACAUAA